UCACAGUGUAAGGACGUGCGGAGAGGAACUCUGUGCUCCAGGUCCCUGCACCCAUACUACUCGACCAGUUCAGAGUUUUUUUCUCAGCUUCCGGCACAGGACCCAGCAUUCUUGACCAGGGAGAGAGUUUAGUAAGAUGAAAACCCCUGGAGCUCAGUUUUAUGAUUGGAAGAUUGCAGAGUAAGGUUGCAUUUGAAUACUCAGUGUACACCCUGAGUCCUGUAUGUAUCUGCAGGUGGAGAACUCCUGAAUUCAAACCUUGUUCAGUGACAGUUGGAGUUAGAUUUGGUCCCAACCGUUAGUAGUAUAUUUUUAUAUAAACUAUAAAAGAUAUAAACUGGUGAAUUUAGUCUGAACAGUGAUUAUAAAGAGUUAGAAACUAGUUCUUAUUCUUAUCCCAGGAUUGAGUGUUUUUAAAAUGAUCCUGAGCCUAGUUCAAAUAAAAGUGUUCAGUCUCAAGCUCUCUAAAACCAUGACGAUACCAGAUUUUCUGAAUUAACUCAGUGAAAGCAGAGAAGAUAGUUCAAAACUUGAAGUCCUUCACCUUCCAAGAGGAAUUAAAAGUUAUAAACUCUUUGAAACCAGUUAAAAGUUAUGAUCUCUAUAAGAGCAGUUAAAAGUUACGAACCCUAGGAGAGCAGCUAUAUGUUGUGACCUCUAUAAAAGCUGUAAAAAGUUAUGCAUCCUAUGAAAGCAGUUCAGAGUUAUUCUAUGUGAGCCACUGAAACGCUGCUCUUUAUGAACAGCUGAAGUUCUCGAUGUAAGCAGCUGAAGUCCACUACAUGAGCAGCUAAAGUCCCAUAUAUCAGCUAAUGUCUCCAAUGUGAGCAUAUCUAAAGAAUGGUAUGGAGGACCUGUAUGGAAGAACGCAAGGGAACCCUGUCCCUGCUCAGGAACCCAAGUUUUAUAGAACAAACUUCGGACGCAUAACUCCCAGUGAUUUAAACAGAUCAAGACAAGGACGAAUAUCUCCUACAGAGACAAAUAAACCUCGUCCUGGUUUCUCCGGUAGAAUGUCUCCAGAUCUAAACCGAUCCCGGAUAUUCUCCGGGUCCCUAGCUCCACAGGAGGGUUCUCUAGCUCCGGGUACUCGACAGCAAGCAGGACCUCAGCAGCCUGGUCUUCUAAACAUUAGUAGCCAUAAUAGCUCUAAAAUAUCUUCAACAAACUCCGGUGCAACGUCAAGUCAAACAAAGACGACCAUGGAUUCAUCUCAUCAUGAUCUCAACAGUACACAAAUAUCUCCAAUAUCUGCUACUAGAAAGGCUCUCUUGGAUCGGUUAAACGGGAGCCAGGUGACCAACCACAGCCAGUUGAACGGAGGGACCCAGAGAAAGGAGAAGAAACCGUUGUCGAACCUUCUCCUGGUCUCUGCUGAUACCGGAGCAAGGGAGAUGUUACAAUCCCUCGGCCUUCUCUGCAUAGUUUCUCUUCUACUUGCUCUACUCUCUUUAGUAUUCCUUCUCAAGAUAUCUCCGAUGCCAGAGCAAACUGAAACCAGACUUCUUACUUUAGGAGAAUAUAUAACAGUGUAUGAGGUAACACUAUCUAUGUGUAUUCUGACUCUAUGCUUGAAUCUAUCCUGUCUUCUAGUCUGCUCUAUACAGUUCCUGUUUACAGCUAAGCUGGUCAAAUCAAACCAGGGAAGAACAAGGAGUAAUAAGUAUUUGAAGAAAGCAGCAGUCACUCGUGUUUGUGCCAUAGCAGGAUUCUUCAUUUCUAUUCCACUAUUCCUAAUAGGCAAUAUAUCUAUUCCACUAUUCCUAAUAGGAAUUGUUUUGUUUACGUUUAUUCACUUUAAUUCUACCCCUGCCAUCGUUACAUCCAUCGUUAUCGGUAUCGGCAUCGUAUUCUGUGGAGGAGCUGUUGUACAUAAUGUUUUUAUCUGGCAGAGGGAGAGAACUGUAACCCGGAAGGAUACAACUAUACUUAGUACUAAAGGUCGGGGAGAAACCGGCGGACUUGCGCAACUUAGUCAUAUUACUCUACCACACGCUACCUUAGAUCUCAGUAAUGGAUUAAAUGGAACUCUUUCUUCUAGAGGAUUAGAACUCUCAACUCUUGUUUGAGUAGAGGCUUAAAGGAUUAGAACUCUCAUCUCUGAUUUAAGCAGAGGAUUAAAUGAUAAGAACUUUUAAGUCUCGUUUAAGAAGAGGAUUAAAGGAUUAUAACUCUCAACUCUGGAUUAAGCAGAGGAUUAAAGGAUUAGAACUCUCAACUCUGGAUUAAGCAGAGGAUUUAAGGAGUAGAACUCUAAACUCUGGUUCAAGUCGAAGAUCUAAGAAUUAGAACUCCUAACUCCUGUUAAAGUACAGGAUUAAAGGAUUAGAACUCUUAACUCUUGUUCAUGAAGAGGAUUAAAAGAAAUAACUCUCAAAUUCUAUUCUCAAGUAUAAACAGAGCAUUAUAUAAAGCUGGAACAUCAUUAUCAUUAAACUUCUCUACUCCAACUGAAGUAAAAAGAGGAUUAAAUUAUACUUUAAACAUCAUGAGGAUUAAAGUUCUCUACUUCACUCAAACAUCAUGAGGAUUAAAGCUCUCUACUUCACUCAAACAUCAUGAGGAUUUAAGCUCUCUUCUUUACUCAAACAUCAUGAGGAUUAAAGUUCUCUACUUCACUCAAACAUCAUGAGGAUUUAAGCUCUCUACUUCACUCAAACAUCAUGAGGAUUAAAGUUCUCUACUUUACUCAAACAUCAUGAGGAUUUAAGUUCUCUUCUUCACUCAAACAUCAUGAGGAUUUAAGCUUUCUACUUUACUCAAACAUCAUGAGGAUUAAAGUUCUCUACUUCACUCAAACAUCAUGCGGAUUAAAGUUCUCUACUUCACUCAAACAUCAUGCGGAUUUAAGUUCUCUUCUUCACUCAAACAUCAUGAGGAUUAAAGUUCUCUACUUCACUCAAACAUCAUGAGGAUUUAAGCUCUCUACUUUACUCAAACAUCAUGAGGAUUAAAGUUCUCUACUUCACUCAAACAUCAUGAGGAUUUAAGCUCUCUACUUUACUCAAACAUCAUGAGGAUUAAAGUUCUCUACUUCACUCAAACAUCAUGAGGAUUUAAGCUCUCUACUUCACUCAAACAUCAUGCGGAUUAAAGUUCUCUACUUUAUGUACUCUAAGUCUAGAGAAUGGUUUCUGCUGAACUGAAAACAUACAAGCUUAAGUUCAAAGCUUCUCCCUCAACUCAAAAGAAUUAAGUCUUUGACACAAACUCAAAUUUUCUAAUUUGUAUAUCUUUGCAAACUUAUGGUGUAAAAUUGUAUACUUCAAACAAAAUUUUAAGAUAGAAUUCAUAGUUUGAAAUAUCUAAGGUCUACGCCAUCUAACCAAAUAUUACAUUCCUGACAUAUAUUUGUAAUCUUAAAUUUAUGCAGUUCUGUAGCAAGAAUCGUCAUCUUAUUCCCAUUAGAAAAAUCGGUUUGUUCGAAUGUGAAACCAUGAGCUUAAAUAUUCCUGGUGUCUUGUACUUGUACAUAUAUAUAUCUGUAUAUGUACAAAGUACAUAAAAAGCGUUACGUUUUACAUGAUUUGCUUUUAACUCCGGCAGCUAAAAUCGAAAUAGAUAAAUUGUACAAAAAGUACAGAUUCAUCCAGAGCUUUAAUUUUAAAACUUAGUUUGGAUGAGGUGUGCUUUUGUUUCUUGUUAAACUAUAUAAGGGGGUGCAUUGGCUUAAAGCUGAAAUACCUUUUUACCGGCAUAUUUCAGAAGUUGCCUAAUGCAACAUCAUCAAAUUGCUGGGAUUGAAUAGCUUUGGUUUGGAAAAUUCUUUGCUUUCUCCUGCAAAUUAAAAUGAUCAAAAAAAGACGGACCACGUUUUGGAAAUGCUGGGCUAAAGGUUGUGGAAAGAAUGCUGCAAAUUAUCUUAAAGGUAGAAGACGAUCUUAAAUUUGCCUUUUAACAGCCAGGUCUAGUGGGACCAUCUUGAGAUUGCUUGUAAACGCAGGAUAGAAAGGCUUGUCCAUGUUUAUAACUUUUAGAAAGUAAAUUUAAUUUUGCACAAACAAUAAACACAAAAGUUCUUACUGAUAUGAACAUGAACAUGAACAUGCAAGACCUAUAUCAUUACAUUUUUUAAAACCAUUUUUCAAUCAUUUUUGGUACCUGUAAAUCUUAAUUACAACCUAGAAUUUCAUUUGUUUUUUUAGCGCUAAAAAGCUUUUUAUUUGGCUGUGAUGUACAUAUAAUCAAACCUGACGUACAAUGUACAUAAUCAAACCUGUAUAGAACAGAUAAACAUGUACAUAUGAUAAAUAUCUGUAAACAAUAUUAAAUUGUUGUUACAAAUAAAACUAAAUUACAAAAUUCCUUGAAAAUUGACUUUUCUUGACGAAUUUAUUUUCCUAAUUUUUUCAU